AUGUUGAGCAAUUUCGGAAGAUCAGUGGCUUUAAGUAGCUGUCGCCUUUUUUCCAGCUCGUCAGCGAAGAUGGACUAUUCAUUUAAGAUCAAAUUAACACCCAAUAGAAAGUCCCAGGUAAAUCUGAAAUCCGGUGACAAUAGCGCUGCUUCGCCUGCUACAAAGUUAAAGAGGCUGGAUCCAAGGCUAGUGAAAAAGUUUCAAAGCGGUACUUACUAUGAACCAUUUGAUUUCUCGCUGGCAAGACUGCAUCUGGAUAAAAAACUCGCUAGGAAAAACUCUUCAAAUGAUCUGUUUGACAAAAACGGCGUCGAUCCACUCGACCUUUACACUAAUCCAGAGUUUUUGUCCCGUUUCGUUACUUCCGGCGGUAAAAUACUGCAUAGAGAUGUUACUGGCCUAUCGGCUAGAAAUCAGCGCCGACUUUCGAAAGCGAUUCGCAGAUGCCAGGCAAUAGGGCUUAUGUCCAAGACUCAUCGCGACGUGUCAUUCUUACCAUCUCGAAUCACAGGAAAGCUUUGA